CGCACGCGCAGCAUCACGCGCUUUCAGUGGGAAUGCAGGCGAGAGACGGAAUAUGUAAGUGCAAUGAUGGCGACAGCAGCAGAGGAGAUCUCAGAAAACACUGAGACACCAGUGUCGUUCAAAAGCGCAAGGAAAAACCAGGAUAGACCCUGGAAACUGAGCUUAAUUUAUCUGCAGUGCUAUUUUUUAACUAUUGCUACAAUACUGGGGACCGGGAUCCUGGGACUGCCUGUAACUAUUGCUCGGGCAGGUCUGGUGCCUUUCCUCAUCUCCUUCCUUAUAGGCUUUCUAGUGCAGGCUCUGCUUAUAUACCUGUUUGUAGAUUUGCUGCAGCGAUGCCGUUUAGCUCAACUUGAGGCACUGAAGACUGCAGAGACAGAGAGGAUUUUAAUGGAAGAAGUUGGGUCUGCAGAACCUCCGACACAAAAUGCAGAAGAGGAAGAAGAUGGGGAAGAAGUGGAAGAAGCAGAUACAGGUCUUCUGCAAAGGGACGUCACAGCACGGAGGCAAGAUGAAGACCUUCAGCCAAAUCUGCACAUGCUGGGAGUUCUCUUCCUGGGCAAACACACCAGCCGUGCAUUCAACUUUGUUUUGCUCUUUCAAUUUGUGUCCAUCGGGAUCAGUUACGUCCUGGCGGGAAGUGAGGCCUACGCUGCAGUGUUUCAUACCAGUCAUGUCUACGUGAUCCCUGCAUUUACAUGGACUCUCUCGUUGGGUAUUCUUCUGGCCCAGAUCAUCAUUCAGCCCAUCACGUCACUUCUGACGCUCCUCAAAGGAAUCCUGCUGCUCAUUACAGUGGCUGUGACAUUUGUUGUGGGUUCAGAGGUUCACCAAGAGACCACGAAUGACUUCAGCCAAAUCGGGAAACCUUUUCUAAUGGGAACAGUCGCUCUCGGUGGGAUUGUCAACGUCAUGCCUUUUCUAUUUUCAGAAAUCUCCCAUGUUAAAGCUCAGGUUUUAUGGUUCAGAAGAGCUGUACUUGGAGGACUUGCUACAUGCACACUCUUAAAUAUAUUAUGGUGUUGGGCAGUUUUAGAGAUUGUUCCCCAGAUGGCCGUGGAGUCACUGCUGGAGGAGAAACUCUUAAAUAGCAGCGCAGGACAAACAGAGACGACUCAUUCAGUACACACAUUUAUCUACUCCAACAUCUCCCUAGAGGAAUCAGAAAAGGCAGGGGAGAUAGCGACGAUACCUCUAACCAAGAUCAUAACACAGAAGUACAGCCGCUUCUCGUGGGUGGCAGAGUUGAUCCAGAUCUUCAUCACCAUCAGUAUAACCGUGAGCUUCCUCGUGAUGGGCACAGCCAUGAAACACACCAUCGACGGCCUCGUCGGCACACGCUGGCUGGAGAAUGCGGAAUGGAUGGCGAGAAUCAGCGCGAGGCUAUUGCCCCAUAGCUCACGCUGGAGGACAUCAGCCCAGAGCUUACAGCACUGCAGACGGUUCUUCAGCAGUUUCAUGUCCUUUUUGGCUUUCGGCCUCAUUUUUGUCGUGUCAGCUUGCGAUCCGAAGGGAUUUGUUGUGAUGCUUGACAAAGUGGUCUCCUUCUCCUUAAACACGGAGGUGGGCUUGUUCAUCUUCCUCAUGCUGAGAAGCUCCAGAUCCGAGCGCUUCAAGCAUCUGACGGUGCCUCUGGCGCCGAACGAGAGACUCUUCAGGCUCCACUGGCUGCUGCCCGUCUACUUCCUGUUCGCCGUGGCUUACGACGUCUUCCAGAGCGUCCUAGAGAUCACUAAAAACAUGUCGCUCGUCCUUCACACCAAUUCUUCUCUUGGAUGAGAGACAUAUCAGGUGGGAGUUGCUGGGAAGGGAGGCGACACACUGCUCCAAACCGGGACUUGACAGAGGGCAAUAAGAAUGGGAGGUAACAUGAGGACAAGAUCUAAACUGCCAGGAUUCCUGUAGGACCGUGGGGAUUGCGUAACGUUUUCUGCCCUCCUCCAGCACUUUAAAGACUCUGUUAGGCAUGUCGUUUAGAAAAACAACGUGACUUGUGUGUUCUUAUAGAAUGAAGCAGUUUGAAAAUAACAUUCUUACAAAGGUUACAAAACAAACCAGCUCCUUUCUAGAACUGAUUAAACAAAAAAAAAAAAAAGUGAGAAUAAUUAUCUUUAUUGACAGACUCAUUUGUUUCAACAUAAUUUUGAAGCUAAUUAGCAUACCUACAUGUGCGCACUCAACAGUAAUUAUUGCAAAUCUACUGUUACUACAAAUAGUAGCAAGUCAUCAGCAUUUUGUUUUUGAAUCUAUGUGAAAAUGUUACUAUCCGGCUAAUGAUUUCAUGUGCUGUAGCAUGUGCUGAGGAUGUUUAAUGACCUCAUUUGCCUCUGUUAACAAGUGACAUAAAAUGUGGCCUGACUGCCUGCAGCUAGAGAGGUAAACUGUGAGUAAAGCGGUUGACCCUACAGCCUACACAAGUCUUUCUGUAGUGUGAAUCACUAAAUUCAUCACCAUGUCAGACCAAAGGUGAGGCAUUGAAGUGUAUGUCAAAGGACAAAUGCGUUAUGAGCUGAAAAGCAGAAUGCAAUGCAGCACCUCGAGGUUUGAAUGUCACAAAACCUGUCAAGAACAUUUCACCACAAAAACAAAAGAAAUAAGAAAACAUUUAUUUUAAUAGUUGCAAUUAAUAUUUUAAAAAUUUCACCCAAUUCUUUAACCAAAAAAAACUACUGUAAAAAGUAAAAAGUUUAGAAACAUGAUGAGUGUUUAUGGAGAAAUGUGCUUAUUUUUCAUAUGAAUAAAUGUUGCAAAAAGGAAAUGUACUAACGUUCGA